CUUAUUUGAGUCAUUCGACUUGCCAGUAGCUAGAUUUAUUAACCAAUCAAAAAUGAACUCAGGAGAUAACCAAUCAGAAUUCAACCUUUACAAAAUUAUUAUUUAUAAGCAUAAAAUUUACUCAUAAUCAUUCACUGAUUAACAUUAACUAAAUCUGUUGAGUAAAGCAUUUUCUAAAGCGUGAAUAAUGGCAACUGGACAAAAAAGUAAUCUACUAGGACCUUCAUUAGUACAUAAAGGAGGUAGAGCGAUGGACUCCUUUUUGGAUGCAUUUUUUGCCUUGGAUGUUGAUAAUCGGGAAGAAAUAUCUCUAAAUGAAUUAAGCGCAUAUAAUAAGAAAAACAACCUGCAAGAUAAUUUCCCUGAAGAAAUGCUACUUAUAAUCAUUCAAUGUAAUGGAAUUUUUCCAUGAAUAUAAUUAGCAGUCGGUGGAAUUACCUACAUUUUUAUUAUUUUUGUGAAGAGUCUUCAUUCUUGUAAUUCUUAACUUCUUUUUAAACUGGAUUUGAUAUUAUUAUUUUUCAUACAGAAUUCGAGACAAUCUUUAUGUUGCAUUUAGUAUUGGUCAGUUCAGUGUAUUUGCAUUUUAGUGAGUAAUAAUGUCUCCAUCGGGGUUUGAACCCAAAAUCAUCGUGUCAAAGAUAAGAAGUUGCACUCUAUGAAGCAGACAUUUCUUCGUCGUUUCGAUGCUGAAAAAACUGGCGUUGUAACAUUGGAUCAAUAUUGUAAAGCACUAGGUCUUGUUCCUAAAGAAGCGCGGGAACUACGAAGACGACGUACAACACAAAUGUUUGAACAUUUAUUACCGCGUGAUUUAGAAUUUAUUUAUGAUGAUAUGGAUUUAGAAAUGAAAGUUAAAAUAAUGGAAUUAUUUAUUAAUGAUUUACGUGAAUCUGGUCGUAAAACAAACGUAGACAUGGAGUUAUUAGACAAAGCAAUGCAACGUUUAAAAGAAUAUUUUGAUACACGUUAUGGGAAAUCAUGGCAUAUUGUUGUGUCAAUUAAUCAGCAUUUGGCAAGAUUUAGUUAUGAACCAGGCACAUUAUUGCAUUUCUGCUUAGGACGUUUCGCUGUGUUAAUAUGGAAGACACCAUGUUCAGCUUAAUUAAUUAACUAAUCAAUAAUUAAUCAAAAAAGAUUAUUAUUAUUAUUAAUACUACGCGAAAUCAUUUAUUCUAUAAAUUAAAUUUGUAUGUGUAAUUCUCCUUCCACCUUUCUUGUGGUAUUCAAUUUUCUUAAAUUUGUAUGAACCGCCUUCUCUACCUGUCUGUUUUGCUAAUCUUUUCUUCUUUUUUGUUAUUGUUGUAAUAAUAAUUAAAUGAUUUCAAUUGCUUAUGUAUUUCAUUAGAUUUCUGUGGUAAUUGCUUGUGUUAAACCUUGAAUAUACGAUGCAUUGAAAUAACCUCAAGCAGCUGAGGGUGCUCCUCUGUCUACAAGGAGACACGAACAGACAAACACAUGAAUAAUACAAUCUUAUGCACAUAUUACUAUGAUAACAGUUAUUGUGAUGAAUGAAUGUCACUUGACACAAACAUUAUAUGCCACGCAUAAUUUUCUUUACUGUUCUGUUUUUAUCAAUAUCUAUCUUGUUUAGCUUUGAAUAAAUUGAUUAAGAUGAAAUCGUAACGAUGAA